GCUGGCUUUGCACCCGUCAUCGGGUCAUUACCCACGAAGAAGAAGAAGAAGAAGAAGAAGUAGUAGAAGAAGAAGAGUAGCUCUUGUUUGUUUACAUCCUGACCUGAUAGUUUAUUAGCUUCUGAUUGAGCUAAUACUUAAUAUCAGACCUGUGUAUGAGUGAUGGAUCUUGGUCACCCUUCUGAAACACUGCAUGGCAACGGGGAUCAUGAUGGCGUUGGUGUCCCCUCCUGGGUGUCAGUGUGUCCCAGAGGCCUCUGGAAAGUCCAGAUAAAGCAAACACAUAAAGGGAGUCAACAGACUGUUUCUAAUUCUGGAGAUGAUGCAUCAUGUCCAUCCAGUUACUAUCCAAGGUUGGGUUCACUGUGUCGAGUCCGAGUGCGGCUCAAAGCCAAUUUGGAUGAAGCAGAGAGUUUAGUAUCUGAGAAUGGAAAUGGUGAGCUGUCAGUCCAACCUGACCAAUCGGUGACUGAGGUUACAGAGGCCGCAGCCUUCCCGAGGUGUCAGGACUCUGUGCUGCAGGUCCCACUGGGUGACUGGACAACACUGAGGCUGGGCGAGGGUCAGUGCGAUAUCACAGAAGCAUGUGUCGAGAGGAUGAGAGCGGGAGAGAAAUGUGAGAUACUUAUUUCUCCAGUGGGAAUUGGACCACAUGACUCUGUUCCCCAUCCUGCUGAGGAAAACCUGCCUUUAUGUGCCACAGUUGAACUUAAAGAUUUCACACCAGGCAAGGAAUCCUGGGAGAUGUUUGGUGAUGAGAAGUGGCAGUGGGUGAAGUCACACAAAGAGAGGGGCGGAGUGAGAUUCAGGAGCGGUGAGGUGUGGGGAGCAGCAGACAGCUACAGCCGGGCCCUCAAACUGCUCAUCACUCUCUAUGGCUAUGUGAGAGAGGGGGAGAAGAGCGGACAAGAAGCAGAGGAGCAGAGAGACACAAACACUGACGAUGAAACAGUGCAACUUAUUUCAGCUAAUGAAUUCAAAACCAUCAAAGCAGAGCUCCACUCGAACCUGUCCUUGUGCCAGCUCAAAUUGAACCAACCAGAGCGGGCGAAGGCCAGUGCCACUAAAGCUACUCAGCUGGAACCGGGUGGGGCUAAAGCCUGGUACCGCAUGGGCCAAGCCUGCCAGAUGUUGAAUGAGCUGGAGGAGGCCAGGCAGGCAUUUAGAAAACUGUUGGAGCUACAGCCAGAUUCAUCUGCUGCUUUGAAGGCACUUAAAGACAUAGCAAGUAGAGAGAAAGAGAGAAACGCACAGUUGGGACUUAGACUUAGCAAAAUGUUCAGCUGAAGAUGAAAUAUCCAUUUAUUAUCAGAUGUUAUCUGUACAAUGGUAUGUUCAUGACUCAUCAUUAAAUAGAAGUGUAUUAGAGCUGCAGCAAUUAAUCGAGUUGUCGUCCACGAUUAAAUUAAGUGCCAACUAUUUUGAUAAUUGAUUAAUCAUUUUGAGUAAUUUUUAGAAGAAAAAAAGGUAAAAUUUCUCUGAUUCCAGCUUCUUAAAUGUGAAUAUUUUUUGGUUUCUUUACUCCUUUAUGACAGUAAACUGAAUAUCUUUGAGUUGUGGACAAAACAAGACAUUUGAUGACGUCAUCUUGAGCUUUGGGAAGCACUGAUCUACAUUUUUCUCUGCCUCAGCUCAAAAGUAAAGCCGUUAAUCUGUGAAUGCACGUUUUUCUCCCAACCCUUUGCUGCUUGUGUGUGAGAUGCCUGAAUGCUACUUCGAAGUAAAAAACACUUUUCAAAAACUUAUUUUGGAGCAAUUAAUGUACUCAUCUUGAAGUGAGGGGUGCAUGAGAUCAUGGUGGUAUUGUGUGUGUAAUAUAUGAAAUGAGCCCUAGAAAUAGAUAUGUUGCAAUUCUUCUAGUCGACCACAGGGUGUC